CAUCGUUGAACUCAGCAGAACAAACAUAUUUGAAACCUGAUUUUAAGUUUAAAUAUUCCCAUCCGAUGCCUGCAAUUUUUAUCGUUAAUAAUUGCUGCCUGUAAAACUCAAAAAUCUCAGAAAACCAGGGUUUUUUUUUUCUCCAAUUCCCAAUCCAAAGAAAAAUGAGUUGAUGAUUUUUUGCAUUUGGCGUUUCACCGGAAACAAACAUGUAACAGAGUCGGACACUUUCGGAAAUACGGCAAUGCAAGUUUUCUAACGCUGUGAAUACUGAAGCUUCAGAAUGAAUGGGAUGUUAUUAAUACAGGUCUUUGCGAUUGUGGUAUUGGCAAAAACUAUUAACGCAGAAACUAAAGAGCUCACACCACAAUUUGAAAGAACAGGUAGAAGAUCUUCCUCCACAGGACUCCAGAGCCCUUCAGUAAAUCUGACAAAAUUGCCACACAAAAAUCGCAGUCGCCCAGAGUCCAGUUUGCCUGUUCUUGAUGCCUUUUUUGAGAGAGAAGAAUCUCCUUUCCAACAAUACAAGAUAAAAAAUGAAAACUCGCACGCAGAGGGCAAACUCAGCCCCUUGGUUUUCUUUGAAAAAAACAGCAAAAGGAAUGAGAGCACAGGGAGGCAGAACUACAAGGCAACAGCAAAAGAACAUCCUGAGAAGCAGGAAAGAUGGCAAUCAAAUGACCUACGAGGCCUCAUCUCUUCAUUUUAUCCAGAUAAGUCCAGACUGAACAGGUCGCCGACAUACUACAGCCUUCUGGCCAAAAGUAUGCAAGCAAGUUCUUCAACAUAUCUGACCCACAAUUAUCAUCAGGCUACCUGGCUCCACCAUCAAAUCAGUGCCACCCAUCGUGUAACAAAACAGGGAGAAAGAGCUACAUCUUACAACCUGGACCCUGAGGAGAACAGACCCAGAAAAACCAUUCAUUACAGAACAAGUGGUACAUUUAUAAAUGGCAUCAAUUCAUCAUCUGUAACCAACCGUCACCCUUCGAGUUUGCUCUAUCACUUUAACAUACUCAGAGAAGAUUACAACAAAGAGUUGUGUUCAAUUGAAUGUAGAAAGGAAAAGAACGAAAGAGAAUUCUACUGCAACAGUGAGUUUGCAAUCAGUGGCAUAGUCCAUGAUAUAGUGACCCUUGGUAAAGGGCUGCGGCUGGUGACAUUACUGGUGGACAGCAACGGAUUCUACCGCAUGAAUCGACUAUAUGUCACGCCUGAUGGUUUCUUCUUCAAAGUGCAUAUUCUUGUGGUUGACACUUUCAACUGUAGAAGAUCGUGUCCAGACUUGAAGUUUGGUGGUAAAUACAUCAUGAUGGGCCUGAUUUAUCACAGGAGAUACUCGCUACCCACCUGGGUCCAAGAACAUGUGUCUGGGAAACUGAAGCCAGGAGAUGGACUGGUUAGGAGCAGCAGCUACGUGAGACGAUAUAACAGAAAGAGGAACCAGAGAGUCCAGUUAGUGCGAGAUGGGAAAUGUGGAGGAGCUUUUCUAAGAUCUUAGCAGAAAUAAAGUGGGCUGGUGUGUAUUUUAGAACAUCUGUAACAAUAAUAAAUGUAGUUUAGAGUUGUUUGUAAUUUUUAAAGAAUGAAGCUGAUUCUGUGCUUUUCAAAUGUACUUUAUAUAAUGUAUACUUUUUUUAGUCUGCGAUGAGUUUGUCAAGCUCAUCAAGUAAGGGGUGCUAUAAUUGGUUUUAGCAGCCAAGGGUAGAGAUAAGAGUGUAUCAACCAGGUCUUCUCCUCAUUAAUAUCCAGUGCCAUCUGCUGGGAAAAAAAACAUGCUUGUGCAAUGUUGAGUGAUUGGAUUCAAAUUUGCAAAUUUGAUAUCACUCAGAAUUCCCGCUUCUUGCUGCCCUUCUGAUAGCUGCACUUAAAAAAGAGAAAAAUCUUCCCAGUGAAAGGAAGAUGACAUAUAAAGUGGCGACUGUGAGAAAGUAACAACCGUUCCUCUUCCUCUGGGAAAUUGCUGUUUCCGGGAGAUCAAAGCAGCCAGAAUGGGUGCAGCUCGACUGUCUUUUACACUGAGUUGUUAUUCUAAAGGCUGAGAUUUCAGGGUCCUCCAGCAGGUCGAGAUUGUAACUAUUUCCCCAGAGUCCCUGGAGAUCUUAGAGCAAAUUUUCUCCAUAUGAAUUGGACACAUGAAGAAUGCAGAAUGUCAGAGGAGCGACCAUCACUCAAAUACCAAGCAGCAGAGUGCUUUUUGCAAAGGAUACAUUAAAAAAAACUUGCAAGGAAGAGUUAUUUUAAUAGCAAGGAAAAUUAAUACAUCUGAAAUCAAAUGUCUUAUUUUUUUCUGCUUGCAGUUCAGCUUUAUUUUAGUGCAGUUGAAGUAAAGAGGAUGUUUGCUGUAUUUCUUCUGCCUCCUCACUCCUGUUGAGCUCCCCACUGUUCGCUCCCAUCACCAUUUUCUGUUGACAAUUGGGGCUCGUCUUUUUCACAGCUGCUGAUACUUCUCUGGGAUCAGCCACUGGUGAUACUAUUCUAUGGGGGAGUAUUGGUUACCCCCCACCUCUCCCUUUGCUACCCUGCUGAGGCACAGCAUUCCACACCUGCAGAGCUCUUCAUCUCACCAGCAACUGUUCUAUAUACAAAUUAUUGGCCUGCAGUGCAUCUGAUGUAAAGUUAGACAUGAGUAGCCACAGAAGCUCUUUCCCACGCUUUGUUCAUUAGUCUGUGCUUGAGAUGUUGCUCCAGUGAUCAAAUGGAACAGCUGGAAGAGACAUAACUGUAGGUUUACUCAUGGGGAGGAUUGGUGCAGGCAAGUUGUCGCAGAACACAGUUUGGAGAAACACUCAAAUUGCUUUCAAGUUUAUGGUUAGGGAAAGAUGCUCCAGUAAAUAGUUACAAAACCCUUAAUAUCAUUACAGGAGAUACUGUACAUCAGUGACUCAAUUAUUCAUUGUCACAUGAACCUGAUUAGAGGUAGCAGUGAGCAAACCUUCUGUAUUAUUUCCCUUGUGACAUUAUUUAAGUAGCACUACAAAGCUGAAAUAUUGUGCUCUCAGUUGAUGGCUUCUAUUGUAAAGCACUUGUAUGUGCAAAUUGAGUGAGGUUAAGGUCACGGGAAGAGGAGGAGGCCAUUCAACUUCUCAAUCCAUCCUAUUAAACUAUGAUUUAUCUA